AUGGCAACAAUCGAGUCUUCUCGUCCAUCGCUGACGUCCAACGAUUCGGCGGUGCUUCAAGCGCUCUUUGAUGCCGAGUCUUCUCCUUCAUCAGCGGUCACUAUCGAUCCAUCACUGCCUCCUCUCCCGGCGCACCUGGGUAUCUCUUCGGCACAGUAUGAAACACUCAAAAGCCGUGAAUUAUCCAUUGUGCGGACACUACAGUCCAACGACACGACGAAAGACACCAUUCAAUCUGCUAUCAAAGAGUUCGAUGCCUUGAUUGACGAGUAUCCGUCGUAUCCAUCGGCAUACGCAAAUAGAGCGCAAGCACUGCGGAUGCUUAUCGAUGCGCCCUCUGAUGGAAAUCCCGCAAGCCAAUCGGACUCGGACGAACGGCUGUUCGAACCGAUUAAUGCUGAAAUGGCAUCGAAUCUGCUUUCAGACCUAGGACAGGCAAUCUCGCUUGCUACGCCUCGGUCUCCGGCGGACCCUCUGUCGUCAGUCCAGGCGAGGAUCUUGGCAGAUUCUCACACUCAUCGCGGAUAUAUUCUGCUCAAGGCAGCCAAGAAGAAGGAUAUCUCUUUGGAAAAAUUACGCCAACUGGGCUCAGAUCAGUUGGAAGAGAUGGCCAGUCGGGAUUUCUUCUUUGGCGGAAGAUAUGGGAACCAGGUUGCGCAGCAGCUAGCGGUGCAGACGAAUCCAUAUGCGAAGAUGUGCGGUGCGAUUGUUAAGGAAGCAAUGCGGAAGGAACUCGAGGCAUAA